CAUAGUGAUUUUCGGGGACUUGUUUGGAUUUGUCAGGCCAGCUGCGAGUGCACGCAACCGAUUCCCGUCCCCGUAGAAACCGCAAUGCGAAGUGGAUGCUGACGAAGCAGCACAACGAAAACGGUGAACUUUCGGCGCAUGAUUGGGGAACAAACCUGUUAAGAAGGCAGCUGGUUUGCUAACCGGCCCACCCAACACAAGAGAGAAGAAAAAGUUAGCACCGGAAAUGUUAGUACCGUCCUAGCAAAGUCACCGUUUGUCCAAUCUAGUGAAGUGUUUUGCUGUGUUGUGCGUGUAGGUCCUCGGGUGACAAUCUAAUGAAGACGGUAUUUAAUUGUUGUGUGCGAGAACAGCGCGCUGGUACUCACUGGUCGGUAAAUAAGUAAUGUUUACGAGGCCAAAGUGCAGCCUUCGCCCUCUGUUUUGUAAAUAAGUGGCAUGGAUUCGUAGUCGUCCAGCAAUGGUGCACGAUUGUUCGAUAUAGAGCGCACAUUUGCAGUUUUGUGACGGUGCGUUUCGCAAAUCCACCGUGACCGUGGUGAACUUGGCGCACUCGUUUCGAAUAUUAAAGACGCGAACGGUGAAGAAAUUGCUUCGACGAAAAGUACUAGUAAUCGGCGACUGACUCUCGGGCGAAGGGGACAACCCAGGGUUACUAAGGAAAAAGUAAUUCAUACCCAAUCGUUGAUGUUGUAACUUAACCAUCUGGGUGCGUGAGCAAGGAAGACAGCAAGCGACGGGAGCGACAGGGUGAACGAGAGAGCGUUACAGCAUAUUGCGUAUAGUUAUUUGUUGGAAGAAAGCGGAACAAAGCGGAAGGGCAGUGAGACAAGAUAGAAAUGCCAAUGAAUUGGCACUGUGGUAGAAAAUGAAAGCAAGUGUGGGCAAAAUUGGUGCUACGCAUAGUGUUGAUUGUUCUGUUGAUCGUAUUGUUUUUUGUUACGGAACACGUGCGUUCCUCUGUUCCUCGGCUCCUCGGGUUUCCUGAUAGGAUCGACCUCCUUUCAUCGAAGAGUUUCGUAAAUCUCCAAGGAUCGCAGAUUAUUCAAUUUACGUAAUUCUUCGUCUGCGUUCGUCGGAAACACACGGGCCUUGUCUGAUACGGAGAGAGUCGAACCUCUGAUCGUACUUCCUACGUAACCGCCACCAACAGAAAUGUCGAUCGAAGAACGGUUUAACGCUGCCGUCAACGUUAUCCGUGGCCUGCCAAAAAAUGGACCGUAUCAACCAAGCAAUGAUAUGCUGCUACGAUUUUAUUCCUAUUUUAAGCAGGCCAAGCAGGGAAAAUGCUGCGAACGUAAACCAGCUUUCUGGGAUGUAGUGAACCGCGCAAAAUGGGAAGCGUGGAACCGGUUGGGCGAAAUGCCCAAGGAAGUGGCCAUGCAGAAGUAUGUGGAUGAGCUGAAAAAGAUUGUAGAAACCAUGUCCUACACCGACAAUGUGGCCAACUUCAUGGAGUACAACAUGAGCGAUCUGGACAAUGUGAACAUCAACGAUCUGGAAAUGGUGGCUCCGGAAGCUAUAAAGAAAGCCCGUUCCAGGCCCAAUUCGCCAUUGGCCUCCCGUGAAGCCAGUCCCGUCGGACGACUCUCGCCAGCCACACCGUCACCACCACCGAUGCCGGUCUCAUCCCAGCCUCCAACAGCGACGUUAGUGAAUGGUCACGUCCACAAACCAACCGCCAUCAAUGGUUACGCUCCGCAACACAAUCAGCAACAGCAUCAUAAUCAUCAGGAUCACAACCACCAUCAUCAAUGGAAUGGCGACGGUGUGAAUUCGUCACUAUCGGUGACUAACGGUACCAGUAGUUCGGGCCCAUCAGAGCUCAGCGACGAUGAAUAUAUUGACACGCUUGAUGAUGAGUUUGAGAGCGCCACGGUGUCUGCUGUGUUCCGUCCGAUUGAGGCUGUAAAUCAUGGCCACUCCUACCACAGCCGAACGCCCCAUGAUCAUUCGUUUCGAGCGAGUGAAAAUUCGUUGCACUUUCCGGCCAAUGGAGGCCUGCAAAAUGGUGAUGUUUCGCUGCAGAUUGCUCGAACCGUCGAACAGCUCAACGUUAAUCUGCAGCGUGUAAUGGGUCGGGUCAGUACGAUCGAACAGUCGCUGGAUGCUUUGCGGGAACAGCAGCAACAGCAGUUAGUAAAACUGAGUGCUUCCACCGCAACCGCCGUCUCUCUACGUUCCCGACAAGUUGGUCCUACUUGGUGGCCGUUUACCGAUGUGUCCCCAGCUACGUUGGCAUUUAUCAUACUUUGGCCUUUGGUCGUUCACCGUGUUGCCCGUUGGGCGCAGAGAAAGAAGCUAUAAGAAAAAUAGUGACAGCGUGUAGCGUUGGCCGUGCGAGGUUGUGAAACGUUAACAGUUUUGGCAUGCGUCUAGGUUUUUGUUUCUUUUUUGUUACGGUUCCGGGUCUUAGGUUCCUUCGUACUGUUUUGCUUUAUAUACUCAUGUUGCGAAACGAUGGUGGCGGGACGGUACACGGGUUCCGCUGAGUGGAAAAAUGCAAAUCUAGAAACUUGUUAGCCCUCACCGUGAGGCAUCAUAAGGCAAUCAAUUCUAUAUUAGCCCUCAAAAUGUAAGCCAGACGAACGAACCGCUUGUCAACCGUAUGUUGCUUAGCAAAACUGGUCAAGUCUGAGAACUGCAACAGUCGAGAUGACCUAUUUUAUGUAUUGUUUUCGUUUUUCAAGUGUAAUUAAUUUGCCUUUCAUUGUGGCAAAGCAAAGUGCAAUUUCUGUUGUUAUGUUUUACGAUGUCGAUAGGGGAAAUUAUAAUCUGUAUCAGUUACAUUCUGACAUGAGCCACGAGUGGUGUGGAAUAUAAAGUUAAUUAUUUGUUUAGUGCAAACAUAUGGUUAAAUCAUAUAGUCACAUUAUAAUGUGUUGAAAAUAGGUAAAGCACAUAUGGAUAUCUAUUGCAAUCAGUUUUGGUGCAACUUUUUGAACACACUGUGACCGGGGGUAAUUUGAUUAGCGUUAAGACUCCGGAUUUAUCGAAAUUGUCGAAAGGGGAGCGUGUUUUCUAAUUUACUAGUAACCAGACGUUUGUGUAGGUUUUAAUGGGGAAAAUGACAUAUAUUAUUGCGCAUACGUAUAAAAGAAAGCGGCGGUUCCAUUGGCGGUUUAUACAAGCUUAUUGCAACGUGACAUUAGUACAAGCGGAACCUAAAUUUCCAUAUUUGUUCUUAGGGUUCAAAGCAA